ACAGAGGCGAACCAAUUGUAUUGGCUGUUACUUGAGAGCAAGGCAAGAGAUCUUCCACCCAUCGUACGGACAUAUUGGACUUGCUUUCUUAGGACAGAGACCCAGAUUGAAGUGAAAGUAUACACAAGGAGAAAUGUCUGUGACGGAAGAAGUCGUGAUGCCAACCUCAGACAGCUUCUGGGAGUUGGGCAAGUUCAUGAAAACAGUGAAAAGAUGUGACAAUGGCUACAAAUUGUGUGAUUCUCUGAGGCAGUUGGUGGAACAACGUAGUGAGAUUGAAAAAAAGUAUGCCAAGGACUUGGUACAGUGGGCCAAAAAAUGGAACAACUUCUUAGAUAAUGGUGCAGAGUAUGGCACAAUGCAGGGAGCAUGGCGAGGACUGCUGUGUGAGGCUGAUAGUCUCUCUGAUUUACAUACUCUUAUUGGAGACAGAUUAAUGUCAGAAGUGUAUCAUUCAGUGAAAAUCUGGCAAAAAGAAAACUAUCACAAAUCAAUGAUGCAUUUCAAAGAAACAAAAGAAUUUGAAGAUAGUUUCAGAAAGGCUCAGAAACCUUGGGGAAAGAAGUUGACUAAAGUGCUGACCGCUAGAAAGGAUUACCACAAUGUCUGCCGCCAGGAGAAGAGCACAGCUAACCAGGAGAACAAUGCUCGUGCAGACACAGCAGUGUCCCCAGAUCAGCUGAAAAAAUUGCAAGAAAAGCUACGGAAGCUGCAGGAAGAAGUGAAUGUAACACGUGACAAGUACCAGGCAUCUUUGAAUGACCUCAACAGUUACAAUGCCAAGUAUAUGGAGGACAUGACUGAGGUUUAUGAGAAAUGUCAAAAUUUCGAGAGGAUGCGAAUAGACUUUUUGAAGAAGACAAUGUUUCAAAUGCAUUCCUGUUUGGAUUUAUCUGUUGAUUCCAGGUAUGCAAAGCUGUACACUGACUUGCAUUCAACGAUAGGUAACACUGACCCAGAUAUGGACUUGAAAUGGUGGUCUACAAACAGUGGUGUAGACAUGGCGAUGAACUGGCCUGCAUUUGAGGAAUAUUCUCCAGAGCUACAGUCUAUAUCCAAGCGUGGUAAGUCGCAGAUUGGCAGUGGAGAUGGUAUCACUAUUACACGUAUCCGCCAUAACAGAGAGAGCAGCUAUGAGAACUAUGGGUCAGACCAUGCCCAACCACCCAGCUACAACACAUUGCCCACAACCCAGACCAGGGCCAAUGACACCAAUAUUGCAGCCGCAACAGUCACUCCACCACCACCCAGGCAGCCUAGCUAUGAUGAGAGUCUCAAUCCAUUUGGUGGUGAUGAUAAGGAAGAUGAAGGUGGUGGCGCAGAUGUACCACUUAAAGAAGAAAAAGAAAGUCUAGAGUGUCAGCUACCGCCUUCCCCUCCACUCCCUCAGAAGACAAGCGAUGCAGCAUCUCCUGCUCAGAACAUGCACACUAAUCAUGUUAAAGGCCUUUCAUCUGACCAGAGCUGCAAGCAAGCAACAUCUACCAACAAGCACAACAUGCCAGCAGCACCCGUCACUGAUGACUACAAUGGUGGGGCUUCCAACCCGUUUGGAGAGGCUGCAUCAGAUGAUGAUCAGUCAGUUGAGGAUGAUCCUGCAACAGACCGUGGAGUUGCUGUCAAAGCCAUAUAUGAUUAUGUCAAGACAGAAGAUGAUGAAUUUAGUUUCAAAACCGGUGAUGUGUUUGUCAAGUUAACAGAUGAGGAUGAGAUGGGAUGGUGCAGGGGAAGAAAAGAUGGUGACAUUGGUCUUUUUCCAGCCAACUAUGUUGUGCCAUUAUGAGUGGUCCAAGCCAGCUGUGAGCCUGGUGGCCAUGUAUGGGACUGUGAUACUUACAGCCAUCAGAAGUGUAGUAUGUUACUCCAGACAACAGCCACCCUAUACCUCCAAGUCCACAUCUGUGGAUGUACUGUAGACAUACAUAGUCACCCGCUUCCUAUCAUAGAUGCAACUACUUGUAACCAGGGUGGAGUAGAUGACACCUCAUGCUGAUAGACACAUAAUGUGUUAUAAAAGUUAUCUGAUAUUAGUUUCUGUACAUAUUGAUAUAUUAGUAUCUUCAAUACAACCUUACUAAACACAUUGAUACAGACCUUAAUGUUUUGUUUGCAAAUGGUUGUAGUUUUUUCAGGAAGAACCAUUUCCAAAGGCAAAUAUUUUGUCAAGAUAUCAAUUUUCAGCAACCAGUGAAAUACAUGUUUCUUACUGUUAAUGGAUAAAACUGAACUGAUAGUGCUUUAACAGUAGUCAACCCUAAUAUUUGUUUCAUUUUGAUUAUUAUAAUCGUCAUGAUCAUUUGAAAGAGUGUGUGUUACGAUAUAUAUGUACAUAUAUGUAUAUAUAUUGUAGCAACAUUUGCUUUUAAGAGUACAAGUAGAUUUACUCAAUGCAAAUUUGGUUCUUGGAAAGCAGUAAACAUGGAUGUAAAAUAUUGCACCCAUGUUAUCGAUAUUCUUCUGACAACAAAAAUAGCUACAGCUUUUGUAAUUAUUUUCUACACAGAUGUUAUGUGCUUUGAUAUUUGCUUGGGGGAUAUAUGCUGUUAUAAGCAGGACUCCAUUUUUAGGUGUUUACCAGACUUUCUUUUGAGAAUGAAAAAUGUUUCAUACAAAGCCUCUCUCUCUCUAUAUAUAUAUAGGUUUGGCAUUGGUAUAGGCAAGAGAGUGUAAAUAUAUGUGACUGCUUUGUAUGUGUCGAUAGUCCACUGCAUGUUAAAAUUAUUUCAAAUGAUUAACACAGCAACUCAGGUAGCUGCUUCCAUUUGUCAAGUUGGGUUGUUCUCUGGCAAUACACACUGGGAAUUGAGCAGUCAGCACUGAUGUUAGGGAUGGAGUAAGUUGCCAUCCUCAACAUGAUCAUGUCUAAUGCCAAAUUAUUGAAUCAAAGGAUCAUAAGUUUGUAAAAUUGAAUUUGCAAAUUGCACUUACUUUUAAUGUGUUUAAGCUUAUGAGCUGAGUGUACGAAGGAAGGCUAGACACUGCGACAUGUUUAAAUACAAUAGCUGUCUAUGAGCCGAGUGUACGAAGGAAGGCUAGACACUGCGACAUGUUUAAAUACAAUAGCUGUCUAUGAGCAGAGUGUACGAAGGAAGGCUAGACACUGCGACAUGUUUAAAUACAAUAGCUGUCUAUGAGCUGAGUGUACGAAGGAAGGCUAAACACUGCGACAUGUUUAAAUACAAUAGCAGUCUAUGAGCUGCGAGUAUGAAGGAAGGCUAGACACUGCGACAUGUUUAAACACAAUAGCUGUCUAUGAGCUGCGAGUAUGAAGGAAGGACAGAUUUGUUGCUGUGACCUUGAUUGCUUGUAAUUUUGCUUUGAAAGACACAGGCAUAAUAUCUCAGAGAGCUUUUCGGAACUAAACUGUUUUGUGCACCUGCCUACUAAACACUUGCUUCAUCUCUGCUAUGUGUGGAAGCACACAUACAAAGAAAUGAAUUCGAAGGUAUUGUGACAAAAAUGAAAAAAAAACAUGUGGAAUGUGUUGAAGGAAAUAUGUUGAUAGAUGAGCAGAAUAUGUUUUAUUUUAUUUUAUGAUUCAAUUAGUAACCAGGAAGUCUAAUAUAGUCAUGAAGUACAGAACUUAUAUAAUGUAUGUAAAAUAUCUAAUGGUCUUUCUAAAUAUUACUGGAUAAUGGGCUUGUUAUUUUAAAAACAACAAAAAUAUUCCAAAGUUCUUUUUCUCAAACUCUGUGCAGUUUAUUGCCUUUUAGCUGCAAUUUCUUCAACCUUAAGAUUCUGCAACCUUAAAGACAUUAACAAGAAGUCAUUUAUAUAUGUUGAAAUACUUUACCUGAAAUCAUUGAAAAGAUGCUAUUUUUUUAUUGUUGUUUUAGAUACGAUUACAGCAUUUACAUUAUUAGAUAGUUGUAUAGCCACUAGAAUCACAUGGAUUUAUGUGUAGCUUUAUGCCGUAACUGGGGAUUAAUUUGUAUUUAUACUGCCUACUCAGAGUGUGAGCCAAAAUGUUGGUGUUUUUGUAUAUAAUAUGAUCAUAUGUCUUUCAUAAUCUUUAAGUAAGUGCAUAAACAGUAGUUAUAGUGACAAAAUGGGACUACCUCCUUUAUUUAUGAUUUUAGCCACAACUGAGAGCGCAUACAAAAGUGGGAACUUGUUGACUGAACUUUCUGAGUUCUUACCCUUGUUAAGUGAAGUUGAGUGAUCAUCACCCUGGUACACCAGAUAUUUUGGAGGUUGAUCAGUUAUCGCUUCAAGAUAAAAUUAGAGGUUGUGUGACCAUCACCCUUUUCUUCCAGAUAUGUUGGUGAUUGAACAACGGUUAGUGAGUGAAUGAGACUGGUUCUUUGUGUGUUGCGCUGUGUAAGAUUCUUGUCACACAAUCUAAUGUAUUCACUCAGUUGGGAAAUAUAUUUCAUUGAUCAGAUUUUCUUAUUACAGAAAUAUAAUCAUACACUUUUUAAGGUAUUUGUUUUCUCCUCUCUCUCUGAACCAGUUACAGAAUUGCCAGAGUUCAUAAUUCCAGUGAUAUAUUUGUUAACAUGGCAAUAAGUAGUAGAGGACUUCUUUGUAGAUGUCAUGUCAGUAAAUCAGUUCUCAUGCUAGAUAUACAAGCUUGAAUUACAUGUUUUGUUCAUAACUAUUUGUUCUUGGCCAAAUUUUGCAAAAAGGAGAUAAUCUAUCUGCUUGACUUUAUCCAAUCAGGAAAUUGUAAAUUGUUGACCCCAUACUGUGACAAUCUGUUUUAUUACUACAGGAGCUUAUGCUAGUCAUUGGUAACUGAUUGGAUACUACUGCAUUAGGGAGUUACUAAUUAUGUGUUGACUGUUGUGGCAUCCCUUCCAUGUUUUGCUGAGUUAUGUACUAAUUUUUUUAUCAUUUUGGUUUGCUGAGAGCUUUAUCUACAUGGUGUAGAUAAUUUUCAGCAAAAGCCAGUGUGGAGAUCAUUGACCAAAUCCUUUUACCCUCAGAAAGAAAAUGCAGUGUUACACAAUGGUGACAUUUUUUGCAGAAAUGUAAAGGCCAGUAUGCAAUAAAGUAUUGGAAAAUUCUGAACAGAGGACCAUUUUGGCAUUUUUUGGUGCAUAAAUUAAUCAAUUUCUAUUUGUGAAGGGAAUUUCAGAAUAAGAUUUUAAAAAUAUUGAUUUCUAUUUGGCAAACAAGUUUGGAUGAUCUUCUAUAUUUUGAUGUUAGCUACUGGUUUUAUCAGUCCAUGUGUAGACAUGUGGACAGCCAGUAUUGAUGGCCAUACAUGAUUGCAACAGUGGUUAACUCUUACAGAUAAUAUUUCGACAUUCCCUCCUUGAGUGCAAUUGAAAUGUGAAGACAGGGAUCUGUAAAUACUCAGUAUCAGAGAGUUGUAUGAGCUUGGAUAUCAGCUGACAGGGGUUAGAAUAUUUAUGCAAUUAAUGACAUGAGUUGAUGAUCGUUAGUCAGUUCUAAGUCUUAAACAAGUGGCAAUACAUUUAUCCUCAUCAGGCUAUCAAGCAUUGAUUUGUAGAGAUUGAUACAUAUGGAUAUCCCAGUCUUUGACACUGAAGAAUUAUGAUACAGACAGUUUGGUUGUCUUCUGGUCUUAGUGUAUGUAGUAGCAAGAUGAUCUACUUAAUCACAGUGUCCAUAUUAUUUGCUUACAUAACAAUGAUGUAGCCUGAUAACCAGUUUAGCCUUGGAUAUUUCCUAUAUCUGUACAUGUGUAUCAUUGUAUAGUCAGGGCAGUAAGCUGGCAAAUCGUUGAAGUCCUUGUGACUCAAACUGGAGUCAUUGUCAUGCACUUGUAGUCGCUUUUGUAGAUAUCCUACAAAAGUGACAUCCAUGUGCUUCACCAAUUACUAGAUAAAUCUUAACACGUGUAAUAUAUAAAUACAUAUAUAAUCAUGGUUAUUAUGAAUAAAGAUGUUCAACAGUA